GUAUAUGAACUGUCAUCUCCUUCCCCUAGGGAAGACAACGUUUAAAGAAAGAUGGCAGAGGAACUACUGGUGGAAAAAUAUGGAAAAAUUACAGGGCAUCUCACACGUUCACUGCUGUUAGUGGCCUUCUUGUCAUCAUUUGGGAGCUCCAUGUUGUACGGCUACAAUUUGGCUGUGGUCAACUCUCCAGCCCAGUACAUCAAAGAGUUCUAUAAUGAGACUCUCACUGAGGACUAUGGUUGGGAGACAGAUGAAGAGUUCCUCACUGUCCUCUAUUCCCUCACCGUGUCCAUCUUUGCCAUCGGAGGGAUGACUGGGGCCUUGCUGGUUGGCCGACUCGUGACCACUUAUGGGAGGAAAGGGACACUGGUAAGGAUCACAGUGCUGGUGUUUUUGGGAGGAGCUCUUAUGGGCUUCAGCAGGACCUGCAGAAUGCCUGCCAUGGUCAUCCUGGGACGGUUUAUCACAGGGGUUCACUCAGGUAUCUCCCUCAGUGUGGUACCCAUGUAUCUGGGUGAGAUUGCCCCUAAAAACUUGAGAGGUUUCUUGGGUCUUGUUCCCAGUAUCCACAUUUGUUUGGGAGUCUUUAUCGCUCAAGUUUUGGGACUCGGGGAACUGUUGGGAAAGGAGGAGCACUGGCCUCUGCUCUUAUCUCUGGUGGUUUUUCCGACAAUGGUCCAGCUUCUGUUGUUGCCAUGGUUUCCAGAGAGCCCUCGGUACCUGUUGAUCGAGAAAGGAAAUGUUCAUGCCACUAUUGCAGCCCUGAAGUGGUACCGGACCAGAGGGAACAUCCAAGCGGAGGUGGAGGAGAUGCAGGAGGAACAACGCUCCCUGACUUCCAUUGAGACCAUCUCAGUGAGAGGGCUGCUCAAAGACCGCUCUGUGCGCUGGCAGGUCAUCACCAUCUUAGUGGUCAACAUUGGCAUGCAGCUGUCCGGCAUUGAUGCAAUUUGGUUCUACACAAACGAUAUAUUCAAGGACGCUGGAAUUCCUGAGCCUCACAUCCAGUACACGACUGUGGGGACAGGAGCCAUUGAAGUCAUCUCUGGAAUGUUAGGGUGUUUCACCAUUGAGCGUCUGGGUAGAAGACCUUUGAUGAUCGGUGGAUUCCUGUUUAUGGGAGUGUGCUGUGCUGGAAUUACUGUGUCUGUCCUUUUACAGCCUCAUCUAAUAAUCAUGCGGUACGUCAGUGUAGCCUGUGUUGUUGGGAUCAUUGCUGGCUUCUGCAUUGGCCCAGCGGGGGUACCCUUCUUGAUCACUGCAGAGCUCUUUAAACAGUCUCACCGUCCAGCUGCCUACACUGUGGCUGGCUGUCUUAACUGGCUGUCCAACUUCACCAUAGGAUUCCUCUUCCCCUUCCUGGAGAUGGACAUGGGCCCAUAUUGUUAUCUGCUCUUCUGUGCAAUUUGUUUGGGAGUAGCCCUCUACACGACCGUCAUCAUUCCAGAGACUAGGAAUAAAACAUUUAUGGAGAUCAGUCAGAUGUUUGCCUCCAGAAACAACAUCCUUGAAGAUGAGUUAGCAUCAAAUGGACAUCUCAAAAUGUCUAUGAUGAACGGUUAUGGGACUCUUGGAAACAGUGAUUCAAUGUAAAGGGCUAAAUGAGGCUAAAGUUUUAAGAGAGUCUGGCCUUAGACCUCCACCCAGAGGACCCUACUCUGUUUGUGCAGGUUAAUUAGCAGUUUUAAACAUGUCACAAACAAAAAACAGAUAUUUAACUCUAAACAUGGGCUCAUAUUUACAAGGGAGUGAAUAGCAUAAUCAUAUUAAAUGUAGUUUAUCUGUAAAUGUAUUCCCAUUACUUAAGAUUAGACACAAAUUUGUAAUGGUUAAGGGUUUGGGCUUUUCUUUAGUAUUAAAAAAUGUCACUUUUGUAAUGUUACGUUGAAAACAGUGGACUCUGGCCUCUGUCUGUUUACUUUUAGGGAUCUGUGGAUAGAGUCAAGUCACGUGAGGGACCUCCAUGCAGAGGUCUGUGAUGGAUCCUCUGGUUGGAGGUCUGCAGCAAGAUCCCUCUCUAACUUUUAGUCAUUUACAUAGAAAAGAGGAAAUUUGCUGCUUUAUGUACAAAGAUCAACACACACUCAAACUAGUAUGUUUAAAAUACACCUUUCAUCCCCAAGAUGGACAUCAAGCUGUAAUGCAUUUCAUCUCAACCAUCAGAGGAAUUUUAAUCAAUGUUACCAUGUCUGAUACACUACGGCUCAUGUUGUGCUCUAGUAACUGUACUAUGUGUUUCAGCUAAACUUUUUUAAUGUUUUAUAGCAACUAUUUUGUUAUUUCUGAUAUUACUGAUUACCAAAAACAUAUUAGCUUGUACAACACAUUAAACGGGAUCUUUCAUAUUUAUUGUAUUUAUUUAAUAGGAACAUCUCCUACUAUAACCUAAUAUCUGGUGUGAUCUCUUUUACAUGAAGGAGAUAGAAAUGCUAUGGCUACUGUAGUAGUCAUUUCAGCACUU